CUGUCACUCAACUAGCCGGCUAGCUAGUUAGCUUCCUUCCUUCCCGCCGAAGAAGGUAAACAAAUGGACGCGGCGACGCUUCGGGGACAAAACAUGAAACAUGUGAAGGAGCCGCGCGGCGUGGACACGUUUAGAUGCCAGGAAACAAGAGACGAUACAGUGUUCGCUUCCCGCCGGGUCGCAUCAAAAAGAUCAUGCAGAAGAACGCUGAGGUGGGGAGGAUGGCCAUGGCGGUGCCUGUCAUCAUCUCACGGGUCCUGGAGAUGUUCCUGAAGUCUCUGCUCACUCAAGCGUGUUCGAUCACAGAGUCCAAGUGCAGCGGCGUGGUGUCCGUGGCGCACAUGAAGCAGUGCAUCGAGUCGGAGAGGCUCUUCCACUUCCUCAAAGACCUGGCGGAGCGAGCCUCGUUUCCGACGACACCGGAGGACAACAGGGGACUACACGUGUGGCCAAUGUACAGGGCCCAGCGACCCAGCGUCUUGCUCCAAAAAACAGCCGAAUCGAAAGAGAGUGCACCAGGGCAAAGCCUGGACUCCAGCUCCAGUGAGUCGGAGCUCUUCAUCUGCUUGUGAGUCCACGAUGCUUCCUCCUUUUUCGGACAACAUGAAGGGAAGUGUUACUUCAGUUGGAGCGGCCUUUUGAGUUUGGUUUUUGUUUAAGUGCCGAGUAACACUUACUUUUUUUUUUUUUAAAGUACAUUUUCUUUCGUGGGCUCUUUGUGCGAGUUUCAAACCCGUGGAGCUUUUGCUUCACGCUGCCGCACGUUGAAAGAGCAAACCUUUGCGUGUGGAUGAAAAAGCGAGUUCCUGUGGUCGAGAGAAGAAUAAAAAGAAGAGCAGCGCACGCGG